AUGAAAUCAGUCGGCACACUCCGCAAAAAGGGUCUUGUCGUUGACCAUUUUGUUCAUCGAAAAGAUAAACCAAAACAACGUCCUGUCAUAUCAACGCCUCAGCAACAACCACCUCAACAACAACAACAACAACAACAAACACCCAUGUCUAUUGACUUGCAUCGUUUUGCAAAUGAUAAUUUACAACCUGAAGAAUUCGUUCGCAAAUCACUAGGUGAUGCCAACGAAGAAAACAUUCGAAGCUUUUACAAGUCUCUUGUCGAUGCCAAACAUGUUGUCGGUGGUGACCUGCAGCGUAACGUGUACAGAAACUAUACUGAAUUCGUUUCCAUCUCUAAAGAAAUAUCCAACCUGGACGCUGAUGUCUUGCGCAUCAAGGAAUAUCUAAACGAACUCAAAUCGAUCUGGGAAAGCUUUUUACAAAUGACACAGGAUGACCAUCAGACGACACAGAGCAACCGUAUUAUUCUCCCUGAUAGAAAACGAAGCGACUUACUCGGUGAUACACAUGCUAUUCAUCGUGCGCAGAUCCUUUCUCUUUGGGAAAGUGUGGAAGGCGCACAACGGUUUAUACCACAGGCACAACAUAAACAUAUCGUAAGAGAGUGUGUUGAUAUAUAUGAGAUCAAUCCCAAGACACUUCAGCCUCGACAGACCGUGCAUCUCUUCUUGCUCAAUGAUUGUCUACUCGUUGCCCGUAAGCGUUCGAAUCAUAGAUUGGUUGCAGAAUACUGCUGGAGUAUCCAGGAUUUGACCAUCAUGGACAUGAAGGAUACAGAGGAGCUCAAGCGUGCCUUUCGAAUCGUUGUGUAUCCACAAACAUUUAUUUAUCAAGCAGAAAGACUAGAGGACAAGGUGGGCUUACUCAAUGCCUAUAAGCGUCUGAUGGAUGAUCAUCAUGAGGAUAAACCCAUGGACACGCCUGUCAAGGCAAUAUCGGGCGCGCCCUCAGGCCAACAAUUGCAUCCUGAAAAGGAAAAAUACCUUGUUGAGAUGCCAGAUCAGUUGGAGGUGUUGAUUGCAUUAAGAGAGUUUGAAAAAAGCGUAACUUAUAUAGAGAAAGCUAGACAUAUUGUACUUACCUCACCAAGCUCCUUCCCGAUCAUUCGAGAGGCUCGUGAGCACGUAGCACAUUAUACAGACCUACUUUGCUCUAUCGUCAGUCGAGACUUGAGCAACACCUUGCUCACAAAGAUUCAGUUUCAGCGUUAUGUCAAUUGGCUAUUACGACUCGAGCAAAGCGAAAAGGCGCGUGAGGUCUUUCUGGCGACACGAUCUAUGAUCAUCAAGAAACGUAUUCGUCAACUCGUCUUUGGAGGCGACAUCACGACCUAUAUCAGCGAACUGGCCUUGGUCGUAUUCACGUUGAUACGGAAUACUUGUGAAUGGUAUCGGGAUUCGUUCAAACAGAACGAGAUGGCCUCUGGGUUUGUGACAUGGGUGAGAGAACAGACGGAAAUUUAUGCAGACAUUUACAGGCGUCAAGUCUUUGGACAGAAAUUGGGGUGUCAAGCAAUUGCUGAUUGCUUUAAAUCAACACUUGAGCAUUGUUCGAUUUUACGAAAGGUCGGAUUGGAUCUCAAGUUUUUGUUGGAGGAUCUCUUUUUGGAUAAUGUUAAGGAGACAGUAAUGAAUUAUAAACAGCGGAAUAUGGAAAAGGUAGAAAAGUUUGCCAAGAAUGACAAUUUUAUGAUUGUAUCUGGUCAAGGGUUAGGCACAGAUGUCAAAGUAACAUCAAGUGUCGUUAGUUUUUAUAAUCUCUUGAUCAAGUUUACCAAUGAUGUCUGUUUACUAUCUAGAGUUCAGAUGUACUCGACGGUGAUUGAAAGCAUUUGUUCAUUAACAGAACAUUAUUUAAGAAUGAUGGUACAGGAAUCACGAAAGAAUGAAGACAAUAGAACAAUUGCUUCAAUGAAUGUGUCAUUUGUAUUGGAUAAUAUCGUACCAAGGGUCUCAUCACAAUUGAAUCAUCACUUUAAUCGACCUAUACCAGAAUUAGAUACCUUGAGAGCAAGAUUAAGAGAAUUAACCUAUUCGCACGUGAAACAUAGUCAUGGUGAAACCUAUUACUGA